UUGACUUUCGUUUCUGUUUGCCUGCUCGACGACAAUGGACAAUGUUCCGGCAGGUCGUGACAACCAACACCCUGUCAAUCAAGUUUCCAAUACGGAAUGCUUGAAAUGUCCAAUAUGCGCACCGAGAUGGGUACAGACACACCCUAAAUUGGCGCACUUAAGUUUCGUUUCCCAAAAAAUUCUAGGCACUGCAUUAUAUAACCCUGACCCAGUCUUUUCCCCUGCAGUCACUGAUACAGUCCCUGAGGAACCAUGGAUCCUUUUACCAUUAUUGCGGUCACAACAGGAGCAGCAGCAGCAGCAGUGGGAGCGGUGGUCUUGGCUCCAGUUGCCCUAGGAGCUGUAGGGUUUACCGCCGCUGGCAUCGCCGCAAACUCUAUUGCAGCCGGCAUGGCUGCAAGCGGCGGUGGUGUGUUGGCUGGAAGCACCAUUGCCGCUCUGCAGACGGCAGCAGGGUUAGCUGGGUCUACAACCGCAGUGCUGGCUGGUGUUGGAGGAGCAGUGGGAUGGCUCACCGCUACAGCAGCUGCACUCAACGCUACAGCAGCUGCACUCAUCUGAUGAUCCAAAUAUUGAUGAUUGAUAGCGGUCUUGGGACAGCUCUCUUGUCAAAGACAAUUUUAAUCACAAAGAUCACCUCUUUAAAUAUAUAUAUUUUUUAAUCCUUUAUUUAGGGAUACAUAUAAACACUAGAUAAGACGGUGAAGGAAUGCUUUGUGUUUAAGAAAUUGUUAUAUUGAAGUUCAUAUCUGCAAUAUUGUGUGCAAUGAAGGCAAAUUAUGACUGACUUGUUCUGUUUGGACAUCAUGCUCAGCUGCACUUUCAAGCCCAGGGCUUUUUUUUUACCUUACUUUCUACUUUUUUAUAUUUCAGUUUAAUACCUUCUUUAUCUCAAUCAAAGGUCAGGUGUUGCCAGAUAUAAUGUAAACAUUUGUCUGGUGUCUUUGUCUCCACAUACACUAUGUGUCAGCUAGGGAUGGAAUGAGGGUGUUAGUACUGUAACGACCCGGUAUUGUGUUCUGUGUUUGUGGGUGUGUUAUGGUUCUCAUGGCUACUAGCAGGGGUUAAAUAUGUCAGGACAGAUGGAAAGGUUGGGGGGGUAUGAUGGGUAAUCCCGCGGGAUUUGGAAAUGCAUAAAGAGGGAUGAGUGUCUCAUAUCUCUCUCUUCUGUUCGGGCCUUGAUCUGUUCCUAUUAGAGUGACCUUAACUCGACAUGUAUAAUUGUGUACGUUCGGCAUUAGCGGCGUGGGCUGUGGCCUGAACAAUAGCCCAGUUUAGGAAUAAACCUGUGUUCUGACCUGUA